UUUGUAAGAUAGCAGGAAAGAGUUGUGUGCUCCUGCUGACACCAGUCCCUGAAUGCUCCGUGAGGAAAGGAGAACUACUGUAUCCUGGAAGAGGUCUAAUGGAGGGGUGGUUUGAUGCCUGCACUGGUUACUUUAAUACCCAGGAUCGCUCCAACAGCUGGGACUUCACUGCUCCUUACCUUGUAUCCAACGCAUCCUUCUUUGUUGCUGAAGGAAACCCUACAGGAUUCAACCCAGACCUGGAUGACUACUCCUCAUUCACUCUUGUUUACCAAAUCACAGCAAUCACCAACAACCACUGUUUAAACAGACUGCACAAAAAGUUUAACAGGCUCAUUGUUACAGAGGGUGAAGAGGAGGCAAUUCUAAUGGUGCUAAAUGGAACAGCAGAUGCAUGGUUUACUAAGGAAGACAACAUCCCACGGUUACAGCGGUUGCCCCAGCGUUUCCACUGCGAGAAUGUGGGCACUAGUAUCAUGACCAGGAAAGGUGGUGAGCUCCCUUCUUGGUGGAAUGUGGCUUUUGCUGAGUUUUAUUCCACUGGUGGAUACAGUAACUUCUGCAAAGAACAGGGUCAGAUGUACAACGUGAACUUCCCAUGUUUGGAGGGACCAGAGAAAUCUGCAGAACUCAAAGAAGGAACGAUAGAGGGUUUCUGA